AGCAAAUGCUACGUUGAAGAUGAUGAUGACGUUGUAGAAUCUUGUAAUGGCGAUAAGACUUUCCAUUCAAAAACCCUAGUGCCCCACCAAAAAAAAACAAAGAGUCAAAACCCAUAAACCCUACCGAGUUGAGGGGAGGAAGAAGAGAGCGCGCAAACCGGAAACACAGACAGGUUCAUGGUCAGAUGAGUUCAGCAAAAUCCCUGAUCAAGACAUUAGCGGAGAACCCUUGUUCAAUCAGAUCCAAAUCCCAAGCCAAGCGCCUCCACGCGAAGCUAAUCAGAACACAAUCCCUCUCUCGGACAGCUGCUUCCGCCAUAAUCUCCGUCUACACCAACCACAACCUCUCGCAGGAGGCUUUGCUUCUCUUUCAGAGAGUAGAUUCUCCGCCUGUCCUCGCAUGGAAGUCGAUCAUCAGAUGCUUCACCAGUCAAGGGCUUUUCGCUCGCGCUUUGUCUUCCUUUGUCGAGAUGCUUGCAUCUGGGACAUACCCAGAUCACAAUGUCUUCCCUUCCGUGCUGAAAUCGUGUACGAUGAUGAUGGAUUUGAGACUGGGUGAGUGCGUUCAUGGUUGCAUCAUUAAGCUUGGGAUGGAUUUCGAUUUGUACACCGGCAAUGCGCUGAUGAACAUGUACGCUAAGCUUCUGGAAACGACUUCAAAGAUUAACGCGACCAAGGUGUUCGAUGAAAUGCCUCAGAGAAAGCUUAAAACCGAGGAAAUUUUGAUUCUUGACGGGAAUUCAAGUUCGCAUUUUCCUACUGAUGAAUCUGAGAGAGGGGUUACUGCCGAUUUCUGUGCCCAGGAUCUAAACAAUGCUGAAACUUGCAUCAAUGAUAGUAAUAGAUCUUUAGGGAUACAAAGUGUGAAGAAAGUUUUCGAAAUGAUGCCAAUAAGGGAUGUCGUCUCGUGGAAUACCGUCAUUGCGGGAUAUGCGCAAAACGGGAUGUACGAUGAAGCACUGAGAUCGGUCAGGGAUAUGGGGAAUGCUGAUCUGAAGCCCGAUGCUUUCACCUUGUCUAGUAUUCUCCCUAUAUUCUCUGCACACAUGGAUUUAAUCAAGGGAAAGGAGAUUCAUGGGUAUGCCAUCAGGAAUGGGAUCGAUAUGGAUGUAUAUAUCGGCAGUAGCUUAGUAGAUAUGUAUGCAAAAUGUGCUCGGGUCGAAGAUUCUAAACGGGUGUUUUCUGUAUUGCGCCGGCGUGAUAGUAUUUUGUGGAACUCGCUUAUGGCUAGCUAUGUACAGAAUGGAAGAUUCGACGAGGGUCUUCAAGUAUUUAGGCAGAUGUUGUCUGCAAAUGAGAGGCCGAGUCCUGUGACGUUUUCAAGCAUUAUGCCGGCAUGUGCUCAUCUAACCACUUUGCAUCUCGGGAAACAACUUCACGGGUAUAUACUGAGAGGGGGACUCGAUGGUAACGCUUUUAUAGCGAGUUCUCUUGUGGAUAUGUACUCAAAGUGUGGAAAUAUCAAAGCUGCAAGGCGGGUAUUCGACAGGAUUAAGGUGCGUGACUUUGUAUCGUGGACAGCUAUCAUAAUGGGACAUGCAUUGCAUGGCCAUGCCCAUGAAGCGAUUCUCUUGUUCGAAGAGAUGAAAUCGCAAGGGGUGAAACCGAAUUACGUAGCCUUUAUAGCUGUACUGACGGCGUGUAGUCACGUGGGAUUGGCAGAUGAGGCUUGGAGAUAUUUCGAAAGCAUGACUGAGAACUACGGGAUAAACCCGGGAUUGGAACAUUAUGCAGCUGUGGCUGAUCUUCUCGGCCGUGCAGGGAGGCUGGAAGAAGCGUACGAUUUCAUCUCGGGUAUGCGUUUUGAACAAACAGGCAGCGUCUGGUCAACGUUAUUGGCUGCUUGCAGGGUACACAAGAACACUAGAUUAGCCGAAAAGGUUGCGGAGAAGAUAUUCGCCAUAGAUCCAGACAACAUAGGAGCAUACAUUCUGAUGUGCAACAUGUAUGCGUCCGCUAGGCGGUGGGGCGACGUAGCGAAACUGAGACUGAGUAUGCGAAAAAAGGGUAUGCGGAAAACACCGGCCUGCAGUUGGAUCGAGGUAAAAAACGAGACGCACGCUUUUACGGCCGGAGACAGGUCGCAUCCGAGCAUGGACAGAAUCGACGGGUUUCUUCAGGCUGCGUCGGAACUGAUGGAGAAAGAAGGGUAUGUUCCGGACACGAACGAGGUGCUUCAUGACGUGGACGAGGAUCAGAAGAAGGAGAUAUUGUUCGGACACAGCGAGAGAUUGGCGAUCGCAUUCGGGAUCAUCAGUACGGCGGCCGGGACAACGAUCAGGGUCACGAAGAACAUAAGGGUAUGUUCGGAUUGUCACACGGCCAUAAAGUUGAUGUCGAAGAUCACCGGACGAGAGAUCAUCGUUAGAGAUAACAGCAGAUUUCACCAUUUCAGCCAUGGAAGCUGUUCGUGUGGAGAUUACUGGUAACGGACGAAGCAAACAGCACGAUUCAUACAUCCAUCAUAGUUUAAAUUUAAUAUAUAUAUAUACACACACACAAUGUCUGGAGAUAUCUGAUACGGUUCCAUAUGAACAUGUCUUUACAUUCAUAAUCCUCAUGAAAUGUGUGUGCAAUGGGUGGCCAUUUCCAUAUUCGGUUCCAGAAUUGUUUGUUUGGAGUCUUUUCGAUUCUAUAAAGAUAUAUACCAAUCGGUUAUUAUAUUACAUCCGGUUCGGUUUCAUUUUUAA